AUGGUCAGAGAGGCCCCUCCUCUGGACCGGCUUUGUGCAGUUUGCAAGAAGGAUGGGGUUUAUAAAUGCCAUAGCUGUUUCAACGAGCCCCUGUUUUGCACAGACUGCUGCAGAACCCAACAUCAAAGGCAUCCAUUCCAUCGUAUCAGUCAAUGGACCGGAUCAUUUUUUCAAGAAACUUCACUCAUUAAAGUCGGCCUGCACAUUCACCUUGCUCAUGAUGGCACUCCUUGUCCCAGCAGCACUGAAUACACAUCCGACCUCUUUGAUUGGUCCGAUACUGAUGAAAAUAUCAACUAUGAUGAUUAUCCGGAGGGAGCUUCCAUUCCACUUGUCACAGACUCAGAUCAUCCGGCUACAACCAUAGUAGACAAAUCCGGUGUUCACUCCCUAUCCAUAUGGUAUUGCCACUGCCCUGGUGCUCUCGACCGGGAUAUGCAGCUCUUUCAAGCAGGCUUGUUUCCGGCAUCCUUCACCAGACCAAAAACUGCAUUUACGUUCUCUGUCUUGGACGACUUUCUGCUAGACAACCUAGAAUGUGGUACAUCAGCCAUGAAUUACUACAGUAAGAUCCAGAGGCUAACCUCGAGCAUCUUUCCAUUGAUGGUUCCUGAUCGCUACAGAGAGCUCAUGAGAACUGCCAGACAGUGGCACCAAUGCAAGCUUUACAAGUGGCAUGGGUUUGCCCACGAAGAUGAUGAGCCAAAGGCUGGUGAUCUCGCCCUAUUUUGUCCUGCAUGUCCUCAACCGGGGAUAAAUUUGGACCUGUCAACUGAUACAGCCACUGACCCCGACAACACCCCCUCCUGGCUCUUCACCAGGACUUUCAUCAUGGAUGGUAAUUUUAAAGCUGAGCACCUCCAUCCGGUGAAUCCAUCCGAUGAAGUAUCAUUGAUGGAUGGUCUUGCAUUCAUGGUCGGAGAUGAAAGAUACAAGAAUCAUUUGUCUAUUGCCCAAGACCGCGUCCAAAAGUCAGAUUGCAACAAUCACCAUGCAGUCAAUCAAGCAAAUGCCUCCCGGCAAAAGCUGGAAGCCACCGGGAUAGGAGGAUGUGCAUGUGCACGCCAUGGAUGUUUUGUCCCACAUUCCAUGGUGGAUUUUCAGAAGGGUGAAAGGCAGAUGAACAUGGACUAUGCCUUGAGUCAAGUACUCAACUACAAUACCAAUGGAAUCUCGCAUGUGAUAACGUUCUAUGACAUAAAUUGUCAGUAUAAUAAGGGCAUGGGAACUCCGCAUCGCAAGGAGGUAUUAGAUUAUCAGAUGAAUGAUUCCAACUUCAUGAAAAUGAUUCGCAUAAGUGAGUUGGCAACCUCCGGAUGCACAAAUAUGGUCCGGUCUCAUCUAAUUCAUUCUCGGCUCACUUGCUCUGCAGCUAAGUUUCUGUGCAGAAAGUUCAAGGAGGCUGCCAGGGGUGCUGCAGAGAGCAAACUCUCACUCCAAAAUCUCAAUGAGACAGCUCACCCUGACACGGUCAUUCUUUGGGAAGCAGAGGAGGCACUUGCUCAGGCCAACCGACUGGAGGAUCCAACAGCCAUGGACAUUUAUGAGGUCUGGUUGGAAAAGGGCAAAAAGCAGCAGGAGUUGCGCCUGCUGGAGGCACAAAAUUGUCAUGAUAAUUUAGUCAACAAUUUCCUCACCACUUGGCUAGCAACCGGUCUCACCAUAGAAGAAUCCCAAAUCUCUCUCUCUAGAGAUGUGAAAAGGCUCAGAAGGCAUCCUACAGAUAUUCAAUUGCUGAGAGUGGCCCGACUCAGGGAUAAGCUACAAACUCGCAUUACAAGCUUUCUUGAGAUGGCACCAACUUAUCUUGGAUUUGGAGUUGAUGUUGAUGAUCUGGAUCCUCCGGUAGACCCCGUUCAUAAUUCGCUGGACGAUUAUUCCGAUCUUGAUGAUUGUGACCACCAUCCGGAUCAGGCACCACAUCAUACCUCCCUCUUUCAACCGGAACUCACUAUUAUACCUUUGCCUUCCAAUCUUGGAAUGGACAGAUGCAAUGCAUUGGAUCUCACCCAUCUCAUGACAGAAGAAGCCGCCCUCCAUGAAGGCCAGGCCAAUGACGCCCUCCAUGCAAUUAGAGUUCAUUUGGUAGAUAAAGCUGUCAUAUUCCGGAAUACUGUCCGGUUAGCUAUGUCACAAGCCUUCUCCACCAGGGCAUGGACUCAAGUUCGCUCGGUGGAGGCAGCAGUCAAUCUCAAUGCCAGGAUAUAUUCAAAAUGCCUGUUGCAGCUAGCUAAACUCCCUGAUCAUGACCUCCGGAAGAAAUAUCUUCCCCUACAGAAAGAACACCUUAAAGCAAGCACUGCAGUGGCAGAUCCAAAUGCAUGUGGUCAGAGGGACGCUACUCUCGCAUGGUUCUGGUCUAUUGACGUUCAGGGUGAUACAUCCGGAAAUGACUGGAUGACAGAAUUUUAUCGGGUAAAUUGGCUCCGGACAAAGGCACUGUGCGAUCGUUGGAAUGAAGAGGUUAUUCUUGUCAAACAAGAGAUGCAGUGGUCGGUCAAUUUCUUCAACCACAAGGCCAAGCAAUGGCAAGGUUGCAUGGACAAUGCCGCUUCCACCGGGCUGACCGGACAUGCAUGUCAUGCUGCCCAGCAAUGUCACAUAUAUCAAGAACUGUCUGCACAUGCAGCGGAUUCCUUUCGAAAAAUGAUAUCAGUCAUUGAGCCGGAUGUACCGGUUAUUGGUUAG